GGGAAUGGUUGCUCGAAUGCUAAGAAGAAGCAUAUGAAAGAAUAUUUUGUGUGCAAGUGGAUGAGAAGAAAAAUUUAAUAGUUAAUAGUGUCAUUUGAAAUAUAUCGUACAAAAUACAGUACGUAAUAUUCCCAGGAUUCUCUUUUUCGAUUUCAAUAUGAAGCGCCAAAAAUGAUUGAAAUGUGUGAAUCGUCAUCUUGAAAAGGUUUUGUUUCUGUUGAUUGAAAUUAAAGUAACUGCAACACGUAACAAAGAAACAACCAAAACAAAACAAAAUACAAGAAGGAAAGAAAACGUUAAACACUAACGAAGAUUAAUUUCUGAUUAACAAAACAACACAAGGAAGAAGCCAGAAAACAGCAGAAAAAACCACGGUGCAGUAAUUUGUAUCUUUAAAAGCAGCCGCAAGGAACCGCAAUCAAUCAACAAACUAUAAACAAACAACAAACAAAAGGAACAUGGAUAAAAAUCUAAUGAUGCCCAAGCGUUCGCGCAUGGACGUUAAAACCAACUUUGCCAAUGGCCCACUGCAGGCGCGACCAUUGGUUGCCCUGCUGGAUGGACGCGACUGUUCGAUCGAGAUGCCCAUACUAAAGGAUGUGGCUACAGUGGCCUUCUGCGAUGCACAGAGCACAUCCGAAAUACACGAGAAGGUGCUGAAUGAAGCAGUUGGCGCAUUGAUGUGGCACACCAUCAUCUUGACUAAGGAAGAUCUUGAAAAAUUUAAAGCUUUACGCAUCAUUGUGCGCAUUGGCAGCGGCACAGAUAACAUCGAUGUUAAAGCCGCUGGCGAGUUGGGAAUUGCAGUGUGCAACGUCCCCGGCUAUGGUGUCGAGGAGGUGGCAGACACAACAAUGUGCUUGAUUUUGAACCUAUAUCGGCGCACCUAUUGGCUGGCGAAUAUGGUGCGAGAGGGCAAGAAGUUUACCGGCCCUGAGCAAGUGCGAGAGGCGGCGCAUGGCUGCGCACGUAUUCGUGGCGAUACCUUAGGAUUAGUUGGAUUGGGUCGCAUUGGUAGCGCUGUGGCGUUGAGGGCAAAAGCAUUCGGCUUCAAUGUUAUAUUCUACGAUCCCUACCUACCCGAUGGCAUUGACAAAUCGCUCGGCCUCACACGCGUCUAUACCCUGCAGGAUCUGCUCUUUCAGUCCGACUGCGUCUCACUGCAUUGCACGCUUAACGAGCACAAUCAUCAUUUAAUCAAUGAAUUCACAAUUAAACAGAUGCGACCUGGAGCAUUUCUGGUGAACACCGCCCGCGGCGGUCUGGUUGAUGACGAGACUUUGGCGUUGGCACUGAAACAGGGACGGAUAAGAGCAGCCGCAUUGGAUGUGCACGAGAAUGAACCAUACAAUGUAUUUCAAGGUGCACUGAAAGAUGCUCCAAAUCUGAUUUGCACACCACACGCCGCCUUCUUCAGCGAUGCAUCCGCAACGGAGCUGCGCGAAAUGGCAGCCACCGAAAUACGACGAGCGAUUGUCGGCAAUAUUCCAGAAGUGCUGAGGAAUUGCGUUAACAAGGAGUACUUCAUGCGCACGCCGCCCACAGCUGCGGCCGGCGGUGUUGCGGCGGCUGUUUAUCCCGAAGGUUCGAUUAGGAUUUAAUGCAACCGCAAGUGCAAAAGUACUUACAAAUUGAUUGUCCUCCAAAAUUCCUGGCCCAGGCUCCCCAACUUGUCAGCGUUUGUAGUUAGAGUAAAACUAUAACUUCGUUUUGUGUAAUGUACAAUAAUAUAUAUAUAUGCGUAUGUAGAUAUGUAUGUAUAUGUGUUAACAUAUAUAUGUAUAAUUCAUAAUUAUUUACAGCAAAAGGUGAAAGUAAACAAAUUGAUGGAUUGUUCUUGUUGUUAAUUGUUUUGAGACCCUGCCUCACACAUGAUUAAUAUAACCUACUUUACAAACAUGAACAACAACUAUUUAACUCUCAGUCAAUACAAAAUAUUUAAAAUAUAUGAAAACAUUUUGAUGAAUGCUACUAUAUUGAUACGUGGUACAAUACCGUACAAUGUGUAAUUGUAAUAGUACUAACCAAGCACAAAGUUUUAUAGACCUCUGUAGCUUCCAAUGCCUCUAAAGCUGUAGUGAGCAAACGCAAAGUAUUAUUUUUAAGAACCGAUUGAUUCAGCGCCAUAAAUUACUGACUUUCUUUCAAAUAUGCCAAACAACAUAAAAAAAACUAAAACUGAUGAAAUGACAAAACGUGUUAAAUUAUGCGAUUCAUUAUUUAUGUUGCUCGAUUACCACUGCUCUAUAAUGCAUAAUGAUCUCAUCAUCCAAGUUUAUUUUCGCCUUGCGUAAAGAUCGUAACAUUCUGAGACCACAAUAUAAUUAAAUACACACAAUUAUACUCUGAAAAGAAGUAAUGACAACACGGCGCGAGAAGUAGAACCACAUCUAUAAAUAAUAAUAAUAAUAAAGAAAAGAGAGAAUAAAAUUAAUACAUAGUCUAUGUACAUUUAAAAUAUAUAACAGAAAUUAUAUUAAAACACAAAACAAACAAAAACAAAAUAAUUACUAUUAAAACACUUAGAUUAACUUUAAUGAUAAAGGCAGUUAAACAAACCAGAAGAUAAGAAAAAAGUAAAAAUAUAAAAACAAAAAACAGCACAUUAUGAUCAACCGAGUACUCGGUACAUUUAAGAAUUGUUAGCGUAAAAAAUGUAAGAAUAUUUACAGAAACAACAUAAGAAAAAGAAAAAAAUAACGAAACAAAGGCGCAAAAGUAUAAUUUUGUAAAAUUUUUGCAAUUUAAGUUAAUAAUUAAACAAUUAAUGCAAUUGA